CUUGUGGCUGCACUUUAUAAGGGUGGCCAAGGGACUUUCUCCACCAGUGCUCACCACCUCUCACCAUGUGUACGGACAAGUGUACCAGAUGCAUCGGAUGCACCCUCAUCGCUCUCGCCAUCAUCUGCAUCACAUGUAACGCCAUUCUGUUUUUCCCGGGAUGGAGCACAGAGCCGUCUAAAGAGCCGUGGACUAAGCUGACCACAGAAGUCACCUCGUUUUUGGGGAUUUUAGGAGGCGGCAUUAAUGUCCUGCUUCCAUCCAUUCAAUUGGCUGCAACUGGUGGGAAAGUAUGUUGUGGAAACCGUUGGGGGAUGUUUCUGUCCAUCCUGGGUGCAGCUUCUAUAGUUUCUGGAGCGCUAUACUGCAUAACAAUGGCUGUUUUUGGAUUACGAUAUGGACCGGUCUGUCAGUAUUAUCACCCUGAGGAAACAAAUACUACUGGCUCCCCAGUACCCACCACCAAUACCUCCCUCAUCUGGAGUCGCCCAUUUGCGAACCCAAUGAUCCAACCGAGCAAUGAAAGCUACCUCUUCUACCCAGAAUUAUGGGACAUGUGUGUGGAACCACCUAAUGUGGUGGAGUUCAACAUCAUCCUUUUCUCUAUCUUGAUAGCAGUGAGUUCCGUUGAGGCCGUCCUGGGCACCGUUCAGCUGAUCAGUAGUAUAUUUGAUGUCAUCUGCAGAACCUGUAUUAAAAAGGAUGACGACUAUGGGGAAACGGUGAAAGGUGAAAAGAAAGAAAACAAAUGUUAAUACAGCGACCAUGCUUGGAGCAGGAAGCACUUUCCUUAUAAACCUGUAAUUUCCCUUCACGUAGACUGGAUGUGGGCUGGUUCCUCUAGAAAAUGAAUAUAGAUAUAUACCCGUGGCCCAGUGUAUCCUGCUGAUUCUCAACUAUUAAAGCGGAACUAAACCCUCCUAUAAUUUUCAGCCAUGGAAGCUGCCAUCUUGGCCUCUGUUUGAUCUGCAACU